CGGGACUUGGGGCUGAGAGCAUUGGAGCUCACUGACUGUGAGUGGGCAAUCCUGGAGCAGUUGCACAACAUUCUGAAGAUUCUCAAGGACACCACCUUGUUUUUCUCACAUUCAACUCCUAAUCUUGCCAUUGUAAUCCCAGUGAUGGACCUUAUUGAUGAGACGCUCACCACCUGCUCAAUGAAUCAACAACUUCUGCCCUCAAUCCGUGUUGCUGCUGGUCUCGCUAAAAAAACUCUGAACUGCCAUUAUGAACUUACUGACAGUUCUGAAGUCUACCGUAUUGCAAUGGUACUUCACCCACGUCACAAGCUAGCUUAUUUCAAGCGUGUGAAGUGGGAACAACAAUGGAUCAACACGGCAGAGACACUUGUUUGCAACACAUACAAGCUGUGUCUCAAUGCCGACAACAGUGACCCUGGUGAAGAUGAGGAGAUCUUGGAAACCACCAGGCCUUGUGAUUCAAGUAUCCCAGUGAGUGCAAUUAGUUUUAUAUUCUCAAGUGUAGUGUAG